GCAUAAAAAUAAAAAUUACAGAGUUCUUGAAGAAAUAUGAAGAUCCUUGAUCCUGGGUUAUUCCUUUAUAAGAUCAUCGAUGAGGUGCAACCUUUCUUAGAAAUGUUGUAUACACGGCAAAAGGGAUAUAAUGAUGUGGAAAUGUUUGUAUGCGAGACAACAGUAAAAUCAUACUACAAUAUAGGACCCAAAGAAAGGUGGCAUCCUUUACUUGGUAUGUUUCUUGGGGAUUCAUUUUAACUGCGGAAGAUUUAAGGAGAUACAACAACAACAACCCAGUGUAAUCCCACAAGUAGAAUCUAGGGAGGGUAACAUGUAUGCAGCCUUACCCCUACGUUUAUGGGCUAGAGGCGCUGUUUCCAAUUGACCCUCGGCAAUCCUCCUUUAUCCGGGCUCGGGACCAGCAAUCUGUACGAGCUCAUAGCAGCAAGAAGUUUUGGAUGACCGCUCCUUGUAGUAAGAGAAUCUUUGAAGGGAUUGAAUACCUGAUGAGUGUCAAAAGCUCUAUUUAUUUUUGUAUUUUUGGUAUAUAGGGAAAAUUUCAGCUUGUUGAGAGUUUGCUUGAUUUCGUUGGUUAUUAAAGCUUAUCCAAUGCGCUACUGUUAUAUAGCAGACACCUUGGUGUUUUAUUAGUGAGUUUUCUGAUUUAUUAAAAAAAUGAAUUGGAAUAGAGGAGGAACAUGAGGAUUACGAAGAUGGCUUUAGAAAAAAGGACUUAUGCGAAGGGUUUUGAAAUGGAGGAUCCACCUAAAGCAGAAGAUCAGUUGUCUGAGGAGGCCUCAGAAAGUGCGCCUCAGAAGAUACCAGAAAACCUCGAGGAGAUGCUUUCUAGGCAUAGGAAAGAAAUCUCUCAGCUACAGGGCAAAGAAGUUGCUAUGAAAAAGGCAGCAGCUAAAGGUAGCAAAGCUGAACAGAAAGCUAAGAAGAAACAAGUGGACGAAGAAGUAUCUAAACUUUCUGCAAAGCUCAAAGAAAUGCAUGCUGUGGAACUUGCUUCUUUAGGCUACAGCAGUGGUAGUAAUAAUGAUAAUGGGAAGGAAAAAGGGAAUCUUGACACAUUGGUGAAGGCCAUUGCUGGGGUUUCUGUCAGUAGUCAAACUGACCAUUCAAAACCCAGCAAGAGUGUGAAGAGACGUGAGAAAAGAGCUCAAGAAGAGGCAGCCAGAGAGCAGAGAAUACAAGAAGAGCAGAGUAAUAUCAUAAGUGAUCGGGUUAUUGAGAAUGAAAAGUUAGAAAGAAAGAUUGAGCCACUUGGAUUGACUGUUAACGAAAUGAAACCUGAUGGACACUGUCUGUACCGAGCUGUGGAGAAUCAGUUAGCCGUCCACUCUGGUGGUUCAUCUCCUUACACAUAUCUUGAACUACGACAGAUGGUGGCAGCUUACAUGAGGAAACAUGCAACCGACUUUCUCCCUUUUUUCCUCUCUGAGAAUGCAGAAGGGGGAGAAUCGGAUGAGAAAAGGUUCGAGAAUUACUGUAGAGAAGUGGAGUCGACCGCUGCCUGGGGAGGACAACUUGAGCUUGGUGCUCUAACUCACAUCUUAAGGAAACAUAUAAUGAUAUUCUCAGGAUCAUUUCCUGAUGUUGAGAUGGGAAAGGAAUACAAAUCUGGCAGUGGCUCAUCGGCUUCAAGUAUAAUGCUAUCUUACCACAAGCAUGCUUUUGGGCUUGGAGAGCACUAUAACUCCCUUAUUCCCAGUUCAGCCUGAUAGAUUCGAUUGACAUUAUGUGGAACAAAGCGUCUACAGCAACAUGAUAGCUCAUCUGAUAUCAUGGUUUACAGCAAACCAAUCUAGCAACAGUUUCAUUUGUGUCAUAAGUCAUCGAGUAAAUGCGUUUUCUACAAUGUUAUUGGAGGACUAAAUCCUAACUUAUGGAUUUUGUUUUCUGUUUUGUGAUAACUCAAGACUCCCCUUUCUUCGUAUUCCAAAUUAAGAGUUUUUCUGUUUUGUUUCCAGUAUGCCCAUUCACCGUCAUUUUUUGCUUGGUGGGCUGUUAUCAUGCUUGGUUGCAAUGACCAGGAAAUUGUCUCUUCCAAUUUUUGGAAUUGUCGUAUCAGUUCUUUUUUACUUGCUCACAUCUUGGCCAUGUGAACUAGUAA